CUCUGGCUCUCUGUCUAUUGAUUAUUUCCCCCCCUUUUUUCCAUUUGAUAUUCAAUUAUCACUAUUCUCUUCAACACUUCCUUUCCUUCACCAAGUCUCUAUAUAUAUCUAUCUUCCCUUCCCCAUUUUUCAUCCAUCUUUUACUGCAAAAUAGCCUCUUUUUCUCUCUAAACAAAUUACAAUCUCUGUUUUCCCCUGUUUCCAAUGGCGCCCCCAAACGAUCCUGCCAACGCAAUCCACACCUCUCCCAAGCUCAUCAAAAACGACACCGUUUUCGACCUCGCCGACGGCAAGCUCUCCGUUCAUAACGUGCCGCUUCUCUCCGAGGUUCCGGCCACCGUCACCUUCCGCAGCUUCUCCUCCGUCGUGAAAUCCUCCACCGCCCCGCCGGAGCUCUUCGAUCGCGCUAAAUCCCUCUCCCACAACGGCGGCUUCCUCGGCUUCAGCCAGCGCAGUCCCUCCGACCGCCUCACCACCUCCAUCGGAAAAUUCACCGGCCGCGACUUCCUCAGCAUCUUCCGAUUCAAAACAUGGUGGUCCACUCAGUGGGUCGGCACCUCCGGCUCCGACAUCCAGUCCGAAACCCAGUGGAUCAUGCUCGACGUCCCCGAGAUCCGAUCCUACGCCGCCGUCAUCCCGAUCAUCGACGGCGGCUUCCGCUCUGCUUUACAGCCAGGGGCGGACGGCCACCUCCUCCUCUGCGCCGAGAGCGGCUCCACGGCUGUGAAGGCGUCCGCGCUCGGCGCCAUCGCGUACGUCCACGUGUCGGACGAUCCCUACGCCCUAAUGCGGGACGCCUACACGGCCGUGCGAUGCCACCUCGGCACGUUCCGCCUCCUCGAGGAGAAGGCGCCCCCGCCACUCCUGAACAAGUUCGGGUGGUGCACCUGGGACGCCUUCUACCUCACGGUGGAGCCCGCCGGGAUCUGGCACGGCGUCAAAGAGUUCGCCGCCGGCGGGCUCCACCCGCGGUUCCUGAUCAUCGACGACGGUUGGCAGAGCAUCAACGUUGAUGGCCAGGACCCGCACGAGGACGCCAAGAACCUCGUUCUUGGCGGCACUCAGAUGACCGCCCGCCUCCAUCGUUUCGAGGAGUGCGGGAAGUUCCGAAAGUACCGCGCAGGGUCGAUGGAGGGGGCUGAAGCCCCCUCGUUCGACCCCAAAAAGCCCAAAAUGCUGAUCAACAAAGCGAUCGAGUUGGAGAUGGCUGAAAAGGCUAAAGACAAAGCAAUGCAAGCUGGUGCAGCCGAUCUCUCCGAGUUAGAAUUCGAAAUCGAAAAACUGAAGAAGGAACUAGAAGACAUGUACGGUGACGAGAAGGGCUCGUCGGAAAAUGGUUGCUCCGGCAAGAAGGAGGAAACCGGUAUGAAGGCAUUCACAGAGGAUUUGAGGAGUAAUUUCAAAGGAUUGGAUGAUAUCUACGUUUGGCACGCAUUGGCCGGGGCGUGGGGUGGGGUUAGGCCCGGGGCGACUCACCUCAAGGCUAAGAUCGUGCCUUGCAAGCUCUCCCCGGGCCUCGAUGGCACCAUGUCGGAUCUUGCAGUCGUCAAGAUCGUCGAGGGCUCCAUCGGCCUCGUGGACCCGGAUCAAGCCGAGGACUUCUAUGACUCUAUGCACUCUUAUCUAGCUAAUGCAGGAAUCACAGGAGUCAAAGUGGAUGUUAUUCAUACACUUGAAUAUGUGAGUGAGGACUAUGGGGGCAGAGUAGCUCUUGCAAAGGCUUAUUACAAGGGUUUGUCCAAAUCUCUAAAGAAGAAUUUCAAUGGAACUGGUCUUAUUUCCAGCAUGCAGCAGUGUAAUGACUUCUUCUUCCUUGGGACCGAGCAGAUCUCAAUGGGAAGAGUCGGGGAUGACUUUUGGUUCCAAGACCCAAAUGGUGAUCCAAUGGGAGUUUAUUGGCUACAAGGGGUCCACAUGAUCCACUGUGCCUAUAACAGUAUGUGGAUGGGACAAUUCAUCCAACCAGAUUGGGACAUGUUUCAAUCCGACCAUUGUUGUGCCAAGUUCCACGCUGGAUCAAGAGCUAUUUGUGGAGGCCCAGUCUAUGUGAGUGACUCUUUGGGAGGCCAUGAUUUUGAUCUUCUAAAAAAGCUUGUGUUCCAAGAUGGUACAAUCCCUAAAUGUACACAUUUUGCUCUCCCAACAAGAGAUUGCCUCUUUAAGAAUCCCCUCUUUGAUAGCAAGUCCAUCCUCAAGAUUUGGAACUUCAACAAGUACGGAGGUGUCAUCGGGGCAUUCAACUGCCAGGGCGCCGGGUGGGACCCCAAGGAGCAGAGGAUCAGGGGCUAUUCGGAGUGCUACAAGCCCCUCACUGCCUCGGUCCACGUGUCUAAUCUCAAGUGGGAUCAAAAGGCCGAAGCUGCUAGCCUCGGGGAAGCCGAGGAGUACGCUGUGUACCUAACUGAGGGCGAAAAGAUUGUCUUGACUACACCAGAAUCGGAUCCUAUCGUGGUGACUCUGCAGCCCUCCACGUUUGAAAUCUUUAGCUUCGUCCCAAUCAAGAAGAUCGGGAACGAUGCUAAGUUCGCGCCAAUUGGGCUGACCGGCAUGUUCAACAGUGGAGGGACGAUUCAAGGGCUGGUGUACAACGAGGCCGUGGCCAAGAUCGAGGUUAAGGGCGAAGGUACAUUCUUGGCGUAUUCGAGCAUUGCCCCGAAGAAAUCGUAUGUCAAUGGAGAUGAGGUAUUGUUCCAAUGGUCUGGAGAUGGGAAGCUGCAAGUUAGCAUUCCUUGGUAUCAAGAAUGUGGAGGAAUUUCUAACCUAACUUUUGUGUACUAAUGCUUGGUCAUGUUUACUCUAUAGCUUAUUAGUAGAGUGAUUAAGUUUGAAUCAUAUGUAUUUUCAGGCUUUUGAGUUUGAUAAGAUUGAUUAUGAUGUAUUUGAUGAUAAGGAAGUGUUACUGCCUAAUGAUGUAUAAGGCGAAGAAAUUAUGAUAAUUUUAAGUUUUUUCAUUUUUUUUUU